UGGAUGAUAGCGCCACGCAGUGGGAACAUCAGACAACAACGCUGCGAUGCAAAGACGUGUUGAAUCAGCUUUGAUCAUAAGUGGAAAAUUUGAUGGAUCUCAUACAUGUUUAGCAGCUGCAACUUCUGCGGGAACUGUCCUCAUUCAUAGCCCUCACAGAGAAUCAUUCAAAAGUUUGGAACAGGAAAAAUCUGAUGGACGAUUGGCUUGGAGUGGAGAACUUGCUGAAUUAGAAAUCGGCAGGCAGGUCACUGCAGUGUGCACUGGACGAUUCGGGGAAGAGGAAAGAGAUAUUCUUUUAGUAGGAACAAUAACACACGUGCUCGCUUAUCAAGUUGAAGAUAAUGCAGAUGUAUUCUACAGAGAGAUGAGGGACGGCGUUUAUUGCAUCACUAUUGGGAGGCUAGGAUGGCUCAAAGGUCAAGUAGCCUUGAUCGGUGGAAAUUGUUCCGUGACGAUUUUGGAUUAUGAAGGAAAUGAACUUUAUUGGAUGGUUGCAAGCGACAUUGUAAAAACUAUCAUCGCCUUCGAUUUUGAUGGAGAUGCAGAAAAUGAACUUCUAACUGGCACAUACGAUUUCGAGAUAAAGGCAUAUAAAGAAGAUAUGGUUAUAUGGCAAGCAAAGGAAACAUCGCCAAUAUCUGUUCUUGUCCCACUAGACGGGAGAAAAUUUGCUUACGCUGUUGCGAAUGGUACUGUUGGUGUUUACGAAAAUGGUGUCAGGAUGUGGCGAGUAAAAUCGAAACACAAAAUCACGGCUUUAAGAACAUUUGAUAUAAAUGGUGACGGCCUUGGGGAAUUAAUUACCGGCUGGAGCAACGGCAAGGUUGAUGCAAGAUUGUGUACUAACGGGGAAAUUAUUUUUCGCAUUCAAAUAAAUUCGCCAAUCGCAGGUAUCAUUAAGGUAGAUUACAGAAGAACAGGAAGGGCAGAUCUUGUAAUAGUAUCUGAGGCUGGAGAAGUGCGGGGAUAUGCUGUGGGUUCCACGAUGGAUAUUUUAGAGCCAGGUGAAGUCUAUCGCGAUCUUCUAGCAAAAAAACACGUUUUGGAAUUGGAACUUCGUCAACGUUUCGCUGCUACUCCGGAUUAUUUAAUAGGUUCAAAAUUGGCGAUAAGUUUAACAUCUACGAAAGGUGCUGUCCGCUUGGCCAUAGCAUCAGGUCCAGGGAUUGUGAUAUUUUGCGCCAUUGUUUUCGCAGAAGGAAUCUUUGAUGGUGAGACCUUUGUGGCGCAUCCCAGAAGACCUGCUGGUGAAUUAGAAAUUGAACUUAGACCUCCGAAAAAUGGUCCUAUUGAUAUUCAUGUAAAAACUUGCGUAGGAGCCCCAGGAUCGCAUUUGCUGCAAGUUUAUGAGCUCAUGCGUCAGUUACCACCUUUCUGCAUGUACGAGAUAAUAAAUUCAGCUGAUGUGAAAGUUGAAGAUUUAAAAGAUUACGGGGUUAACAUUGAAACAGGGGACAGGCCCCAACGAAUUGCACUAUGGUUAAAUCAAUGUCUGGCUAUUUCGGAGGAGCUAGAAAUCGCUAUGAAAGGAAAAAAUGCUGGAAGAUUAGAUCUGUGUCUACGAGGAUUGAGAGACAAUAAAAUACACUUUUUGUGUGUAAACGCAUCUGGAAAACUAACUUUGUUAACCAAAGAUCCUACUUUUGCGGGAGAUAUUGUUCAAUCACUGGCAAGCUAUCUCGGUAUUCUGGAACUAAGCUCAGAGGCUAAUUUUCCAUCUGAGGAGAAAAGAAUGGUCGAUACUUUGGAGCGUGUCAAAGUUGCCCACUUAAGUAGACCAGGAGCCCGACAUAUUUCGAAGAAACAAGUUACACCGGAAAUAUUUCGUGAUACAGCCGAAGUCAGUCGGCAAAGUAGUGCCAGUUAUCAAAAACAUCGAAGAAGACUUUAUCUUCCUGGCGGAUAUCAACCUUAUUCUUUGAGAUACAAUAAUGAAAACCGUCGACUAUCACGAAACAUGAGGGUCCCUUACUCCCUAACUUAUUCAAAACUUAGCGAGUAUUUACCACAGGCAAGUGGAGAUGACCUUGGAUUCGACCUGAGUGGAACCGAAAUGGACGAACUGUUGAACGAGAUCAACGAGCGAUUUCCUCGAUCGCCCUGGACCAAAGAAAUCUUAAUCGAAAUCGCUGCCAAGUGUUGCCAGAAUGUUCCACUUUGCCAUAAACAACCACCUUGUUUGUAAAAUUCAGGAGGCAUUUACUCCGAUAAGAGUUUUUGUUUCUGAUUUUAAUUUAACUCCUAAUAUUUGUAAAAAUUAUUUAAAAUUUAGAUUAGUUUCCACAGGAGGAUAAAUACUGAAAAACUUAAAAUAAGAGUUUAUGGAAUUGCAAGAAUUAAAGGAAUUAUUUUAUUUAAUUCGCAUUUAAAGCUAUCAAAACUGUUAUGUUUCCGAUUCUAAAUUGUUCACAUUACGAUUUUAAAAAGUUGUAAAUGUUCAUAUUUAGAAAGUCAAUUUGAUACUUGUGACCGUCCACGAAUAAAGGGACCUAAUGCGAAAAAACACGAUUGUUAGGUUUUUAUACAUAUCGACAGUUUUUAUUAGCUCUGUUGUAAUAAAAAUUAUUAUUAAAAUGAAGCUACAGCGCAUUAGAUCCCUUUCUUCGCGGAUGGUCACUUUUAGAAAAUAAGAACAUUUCAAAUGGGCGUCUGGAAGAUAACUCCAAGCUCACUGAGAUAACCUCAUUGAUAGAAUAGAUGCAUUAAUGAUGUACCUCUUCUUACCGAUCAGCAAAAACGCGUUAGACACAAAAAAAACAAACACUAAAUUUAAAUCUAAAAUUGAAACUAUUUGAAGAUGUGAAAAAAUAAGCAUAUGAAACCUGAAAUUAAGAAUUUGUUUUAAUCCUUAAACUAAGCAAACAUAAAGACUGCAAUGCAGGUAGUGACGACCUAAAAUUAAUUCGAUAUUCAUACUGAAAACUUAUUAUGAUCAUAUAAAUUAUGAAGAUAACCACAUUUUUCUCUGAACUUUUUUUAGAGAUUUUAGAUUCCGCAAUUUAUAUGUAUUUAAAAAAAUUUUUAUUUGAAAUUGUUUUCAAUGUGAAAAGUUGAGUUUGAAACAUUGUAGUGCUAAACUUUUUCAAUUAUAAAUUCUGCCAAUUUCAACGGUUUUGUUGCCAUAUUUACAAAAUUAAAAAUUAUUUCCAAUACUCAAUUGUUUUAAACAGUAAAUUGCUGAAAUUUCUAAAUA